GGGAUUGAUACCCUCCUCACUUCAUGACAAGGUCGAAGCUAAUGACUCCUUAGUCACCCCGUAGACACAACUAGACCAAACUAUGCUCUGUACGUUAGAUGUGUCUGAGGCCUUAGAAGACUUAGAAGGCGAGUGGUCAAACAAGGACCCUCGCGAGUCUUGGGCGGCGCUAAAGAAGGGUCCUAGAGGGGAACAUUUCGUUGUGGAAGUGGAUGUAGGAGGCCGCAAAUGUGGUGCCUUCAUAGACACAGGCUCCACGCGAAAUUACAUAAGUCGCAACUGUUUGGAAAGGCUGCACCUACAGGACCGGGUGCGGCACCUUAGUAGACCAGUAGCAUCUACUUUGGCCAACAAGGAGCGCAUGAUUGUCACAGACUACCUCAAGGACGUAGUCUGUACCUUCUCCUAUGGAGGAGGUGAGCUUAACCAUAAGAUCUCGUUCUUGGUUACUAACGACUUGCCAUUUGACAUGUUGCUGGGCAUGUAUUACCUCGAUAUUGCUAAGCCCCAGUUUGACUGGGAUAAGAAGGUGCUCAAACAAGAGUUGCCCGAUGGACGAACUGUCAGAAUGACUAAGUUCAAGGCCAGCAGUAUUGUAGAUACAUAUGGCUGCUUGUGUGCAUCAGCAUUCUACAAUUAUUACAAGCAAAACCAAGAGGAGGGUAUAAUGUUAGAUGACGCAAAGAAGUAUGUUGAGACCUGUCAGGUCUGUCAGAGGGAGAAGCCGCGAACUCAAGCACCGCUUGGGUUAUUGAAGCCUUUACCUAUUCCUGAUGGUCCUGGAUUGAGUGUUUCCAUGGAUUUCAUGGACACUCUUGUGACCAGCAAGAGUGGUAAGAGGCACAUCUUCAUCAUCAUUGACCGAUUCACCAAGUACGCUAGACUAGUACCAAUGCCAGAGACAGCCAGGACUGAAUACAUCAUCAAGUUGUUCAAGGACAAUUGGGUAAGGGACUUUGGUUUACCAAAGACCAUCAUUAGUGACCGAGACGUCCGAUUUACAAGUGAGCUGUGGAAGAAGACUGCGGAACAGAUGGGCAGUCAACUUCAAAUGACUUCAGGCAAUCAUCCCAAAGCCAACGGACAAGCCGAACAGAUGAAUAGAGUUGUACAGCACUUGCUGAGGCAUUACAUCAAGCCCAGCCAUGAUGACUGGGAUGAGCAGUUACCUCUCAUCGCCAACCUGUACAACAAUGCUAUACAUAGCAGUACCGGUGUUAGUCGUAACCAGCUGCACUUAGGAUGGAAGCCUAGAUCAGCACUAGACUUCCUCCUACCUGAAAACCGACCUGCUGCAACUCCAGGCACACUUGAAUACGGUGUGCAGUAUGAGAAGUUGCUGCAAGAGGCUGUUGAACACAUGAAGAAGGCUCCGCAAGCCAUCAUUGCUGUUGAGAAUCAACAUCGUAGACAGUCCACAUUUCAGGGAGGGGAACGUGUCUGGGUCAAGGCUAGCCCGAUCAGCUUUGAUUGGCGCGGUGCCUGGCUGGCACUUACUUCCGUUAGGACUGAGAUCGAUGAUGUUUCUGAGCUUGUGGAGAGUGCAGAGUUGGAAGGUGAAGGAGGGGGAGGAGGGGGAGAAGGUGGAGUAGGGGGAGUGGAGAAGGAUGAAGACGUGGAGGAUGGGGAGGAGGAAGAUGUGGAGGACCAGCGAGAGGAGGACGCAGACGUCGAGGAGGAUGAAGCCGAGGAGGAAGAGGGGGAGGAGGGCGACGAGGAGGAGGAGGACGACGAUGAAGGCAAAGCUGAUGAUAUUGACAGGGAGCACGAGAAGAACGACGACAAACAUCCUUGAAAGAAAAAAAAAAUGGCGCCAUGUAGCACGGGUAGAAGCGGGGGUGGGAGGUUAACAGCAGGUAGUUGAAAAGGACGAAGGCGAGGAGGAGGGGGAGAAGGACGAAGACAUGGGGGAGGAGGACGAAGAUGAGGAGGAUAAAGACGAGGAGGACGAGGCGGAGACGAAGACGAGGAGGACGAGGAGGAUGAAGACGAGGAGGCGAACGAGGGGGAGGACGAAGAAGAUGAGGAGGAUGAGGAUGGGGAGGAGGACGAAUAUGAGGAGGCGUAGGAGGAGGACAAAGACGUCGAGGAGGAAGAAGAAGACGAGGAGGACGAGGGGAGGGGGACGAAGAGGAGGAGGAUGAAGAUGAAGAAGUUGAUGAUAUUGAUGGGGAGCACGAUGAGAACGACGACCAAGAUCGGGGAGGACGCCACAUGGCACGGGCAGAAGUGAGGGUUGGGAGGUUACAAGUAAAUGACAAGGACCAAG